UUAGUUUGUAAUCAUUCGGAAUUAUUUUUGUUUAGGUUAGACUUUCGCGUCUCUAAUUGGUCAAUAAACGUCCAGUUUUCUUCAGACUGACUGCAAACUAAGGAGUAGACGACUCUUGGAGAGAAAACGAGAUGAAGGAAUAAAUAAGAAGGAAAGGGUAUUGACAUAUUUGUUCGUUUGUGCAGAUGGCCAAUCAAUCUACUAUUCCUGUUGAACAGUUGGUGACUGACAAAAGCGCAGUCUCUACACGAACGUAUGUUGGAUUCAUUAGACAUUCAAAUUCAGAAUGUAAAACUGAUGGUUUUGCUUGUAAAGAGAAAGACUAGUGCAUUAUUACUUCUAACACAGACCACGCGCGGCACCAAACCAUCUGAGAGAAAAGUUUGUGAGUAAAACGUGCAGCGCGCAACAGCGAUGAACUGCUGUAGAUGAGCUGUAGACAGCAGGUGUCUUGGGCUAAAGGGGAGUUUAAGCGUCAUGGAGUCUGACGGGUCCGCUGGCUUGACUAAAUCGGCUGCAUUUAAGUUGUCUGAAAUGGGCGAAAAAAGUAACCAGCUUGGCAUUGCAAUGCGCGAGCCCAAGCGACAGAGACGCGUUAUUCUGGUGAUCGUGUGCAUCGCACUUCUGCUGGAUAACAUGCUUUACAUGGUGAUCGUUCCCAUCAUUCCCGAUUAUCUCACAGAUUUAGAAGACGCGCGCGCGGCGCACUUCCAUGCCAACUCUACAUCGGACAGGGCAAACCACGGGACAAGCAACAGGGGAGAUCUAGAUGUGCAGAUAGGAGUUUUAUUCGCAUCCAAAGCCCUCUUGCAACUCAUGGUGAACCCCAUAUCUGGAACUUUCAUUGACCGAGUUGGAUACGAUAUUCCUCUGCUGAUCGGCCUUUUGGUGAUGUUCGUGUCUACGUGUAUAUUUGCGUUUGCCGAGAACUACGGGACUCUCUUCGUGGCUCGCAGCCUGCAGGGUCUCGGCUCGGCGUUUGCCGACACGUCUGGAAUCGCGAUGAUAGCGGACAAAUACACGGAGGAAGCGGAGAGGAGUCGCGCGCUCGGCAUCGCGCUCGCCUUCAUCUCGUUCGGCAGUCUCGUGGCACCUCCGUUCGGCGCCGUCCUGUACGAAUUCGCGGGUAAACGGGUCCCGUUCAUAGUUCUUGCCUCUGUUUGCUUGGCAGACGGAAUUUUGCUUUUGACCGUGAUCAAACCUUUUUCGAACAGGACGCGAGAGAAUAUGCCUGUCGGGACCCCAAUUUGCCGGCUCAUGAUUGACCCGUAUAUCGCUGUGGUCGCGGGUGCCCUGACCGUCUGUAACAUCCCUCUGGCUUUUCUCGAGCCCACCAUAGCUAACUGGAUGGAGAGGACCAUGAACGCCAGUAAGUGGGAGAUGGGGCUCGUCUGGUUGCCCGCUUUUCUCCCCCAUGUGUUGGGGGUUUACAUCACCGUCCGUUUGGCGGCAAAGUAUCCGAAUUUGCAGUGGUUCUAUGGCGCUCUCGGUAUGCUCAUCAUAGGAGCGAGUUCAUGCACAGUGCCAGCCUGCAGAAACUUCUCCCAGUUAAUCUUCCCCCUGUGCGGCAUUUGCUUCGGCAUCGCUCUAGUUGACACGGCGCUUUUGCCGACUCUGGCCUUCUUGGUGGAUGUGCGUCAUGUGUCAGUGUAUGGAAGCGUUUAUGCAAUCGCAGACAUCUCAUACUCUGUCGCUUACGCUAUGGGCCCGGUGGUUGCAGGUCAGAUUGUACACAACCUGGGCUUUGUUCAGUUAAACCUUGGUAUGGGCUUAGUUAACCUGCUUUACGCGCCGGCAUUGCUUUUGCUUCGGCACGUGUGCCAGAUGAAGCCGUCUCAGUCGGAGAGAAAUGUGCUGCUGGAGGAAGGACCCACCGGACUUUAUGACACUAUUCAAAUGGAAGAGCGCAAACUCAAGCGGAAAGGUUUGUGCACCACGACUAGUAACGCGCGUCCCGUGGAAAAGAACGGAAUCUCUGAGCGCUCCAAAUCUUAUUCAGAGGAAGACUCGUCCGAACCAGAGUACAUUUAACUACCAGGAUACAGAGAGUACACACAUGUUUUUUUCAUUUAGUGAUUCGCUGGACAUUCACAGACUACAUAUGGCAAACAUUCAGCUUCUGUUGUGCAAUAUUAACCCCCUUCCCUGACCUCAUGAAAUGUAACUGCUAAACAUUCUGUGAUUGACAUAUAAAAUAUCUCGUUUGGAUGUGAGCGACACUUUCGCAUAUAGUGUGUAGAAAAUAUGAACAGAUUGAGUAGGCUAAAAUGCGUGAUAUAAACGCACGAAAUUGAAAUAAAACCAAUAUGGAACAAA